AACACAGCUCGCGCAUCACCAGCUCGUGAGCAGGUUAGCUAAACAAGCCUCCCCUGUCAACACACACGGGCUGCCUCCCCUCCUCUGCUCACACUAGGAAGGCAGUGUCCACCGGUUUGCGGCAAGAAAACCCUCUGACACAAACAUCUACGACCACCAGACAAAAUGGUGAACUUCUCAGUGGACCAGAUCCGUGCCAUCAUGGACAAGAAGUCCAACAUCAGGAACAUGUCUGUGAUUGCCCAUGUCGACCAUGGGAAGUCCACUUUGACUGACUCGCUGGUGUCCAAGGCCGGGAUCAUUGCCUCCUCCCGGGCUGGAGAGACACGCUUCACUGACACACGCAAAGAUGAGCAGGAGCGCUGCAUCACCAUCAAGUCAACGGCCAUCUCGAUGUACUAUGAGCUUGGAGAAUAUGACUUGGCGUUCAUCAAGCAGAGUAGGGACGGCAAUGGCUUCCUCAUCAACCUGAUUGAUUCUCCAGGUCACGUCGACUUCUCCUCUGAGGUCACCGCUGCCCUCAGGGUCACUGACGGAGCCCUGGUAGUGGUGGACUGCGUCUCAGGUGUGUGUGUGCAGACGGAGACAGUGCUACGUCAAGCUAUUGCUGAGCGCAUCAAGCCAGUUCUGAUGAUGAACAAGAUGGACCGGGCCUUGCUUGAGUUGCAGCUCGAGCCGGAUGAGCUCUUCCAGACCUUCCAGCGUAUUGUGGAAAAUAUCAAUGUUAUUAUCUCCACCUAUGGAGAAGAUGAGGGAGGACCCAUGGGUAACAUCAUGAUUGACCCUGUUGUUGGCACAGUUGGGUUUGGCUCUGGCCUCCACGGCUGGGCUUUCACCUUAAAGCAGUUUGCAGAGAUGUAUGUGGCCAAGUUUACUGCUAAAGGUGAUGCUCAGCUUGGACCACUAGAGAGGUGUAAGAAGGUGGAGGACAUGAUGAAGAAACUGUGGGGAGACAGAUAUUUUGACCCAAGUGUGGGCAAGUUCAGUAAGACUGCCACUGCUCCUGAUGGCAAGAAGCUUCCUCGCACCUUCUCCCAGCUCGUUCUGGACCCCAUCUUUAAGGUGUUUGAUGCCAUCAUGAACUUCAAGAAGGAGGAGACAGCCAAAUUGAUUGAGAAGCUGGAUGUCAAACUGGACUCAGAGGACAGGGAAAAGGAGGGGAAGCCCCUGCUGAAGGCUGUGAUGCGUCGCUGGCUGCCUGCCGGAGAGGCUUUGCUUCAGAUGAUCACCAUCCACCUGCCUUCCCCUGUCACAGCACAGAGGUACCGCUGUGAGCUGCUGUACGAAGGGCCUGGAGACGACGAGGCCGCCAUGGGUAUAAAGAACUGUGAUCCCAAGGCUCCUCUGAUGAUGUACAUUUCCAAGAUGGUUCCUACCAGCGACAAGGGUCGUUUCUACGCCUUUGGCCGUGUGUUCUCUGGAUGUGUGUCCACGGGCCUGAAGGUGCGCAUCAUGGGACCAAACUUCACCCCUGGCAAGAAGGAUGACCUCUACCUCAAACCCAUCCAGAGGACCAUUCUGAUGAUGGGCCGGUAUGUGGAGCCUAUUGAGGAUGUCCCGUGUGGGAACAUUGUAGGCCUGGUUGGAGUAGACCAGUUCCUGGUUAAGACAGGGACCAUUACCACCUAUGAACAAGCCCACAACAUGAGGGUGAUGAAGUUUAGUGUGAGCCCUGUGGUCAGAGUCGCUGUGGAGGCCAAAAACCCUGCUGACCUUCCCAAACUGGUGGAGGGCCUGAAGCGCCUGGCCAAGUCUGACCCCAUGGUGCAGUGUAUCAUUGAGGAGUCUGGGGAGCACAUCAUUGCUGGAGCAGGAGAGCUGCACCUGGAGAUCUGCCUGAAGGAUCUAGAAGAGGACCACGCCUGCAUUCCCCUGAAAAAAUCGGACCCCGUCGUGUCCUACAGAGAGACAGUGACUGAGGAAUCAGGCCAGAUGUGUCUGUCCAAGUCUCCCAAUAAGCACAAUCGCAUAUUUAUGAAGGCCCGUCCUUUCCCUGAUGGCCUUGCUGAGGACAUCGAGAAAGGGGAAGUCACCGCCCGCCAGGAGCUCAAAACUCGUGCCCGUUACCUGGCCGACAAAUACGAAUGGGAGGUGACAGAGGCCAGGAAGAUCUGGUGCUUUGGACCAGACGGAAGUGGGCCCAAUCUGCUGAUGGACGUGACCAAGGGGGUUCAGUACCUCAGUGAAAUCAAAGACAGUAUGGUAGCUGGUUUCCAGUGGGCGACUAAAGAGGGUGCACUGUGUGAGGAGAACAUGCGCUCAAUCCGCUUUGACAUUCAUGAUGUGACACUACACGCUGAUGCCAUUCACCGUGGCGGAGGGCAGAUUAUUCCCACGGCUCGCAGGGUUCUGUAUGCCUGCCAGCUCACAGCUCAGCCAAGACUUAUGGAGCCUGUCUACCUUGUGGAGAUCCAGUGCCCAGAGCAGGUGGUUGGUGGGAUCUAUGGUGUAUUAAAUAGGAAGCGAGGGCAUGUGUUUGAGGAAUCCCAGGUGAUGGGCACCCCCAUGUUUGUGGUGAAAGCUUACCUGCCUGUCAACGAAUCCUUUGGGUUCACAGCUGACCUGCGCAGCAACACAGGAGGCCAGGCCUUUCCUCAGUGCGUGUUUGAUCACUGGCAGAUUCUCCAGGGAGACCCCAAUGACCCUGCCAGCAGGCCCUUCCAAGUUAUUGCUGAAAUUAGAAAACGCAAAGGUCUGAAGGAGGGCAUUCCUUCUCUUGACAACUACUUGGACAAAUUGUAAACACUGUUCCGGGAUGAAAUACCAAAUCAAGCUCUAAACCCUACCCUAUGGGCACUUUAAAAUACUUGCAUAGGUUUAAGAUAUAAUGCACAAAAUGUACUUGUUCUGUCUUACGUCAGGGCAAAAUCAGUGCUCAAGCUUCUUCUCUUACAGGCUAGUGGGAGCAACAAUGCUUAUUUUCUCAUUUCACAGCUACACUAAGUGCCUAGGGUGAGGGUUUUGGGGAACAUUUGUGAUGAAGCAGUUGUAUCAUCAAUUCUUUGUUUCUUCCUGUCCUCCCGAUCAUCCUUAUCCCCUCCUCCGCUGUACUGUAGGAAGAGGCUGUACAGUGCACUGUGAUACUGCUGCAAUAAUGCUUAUAAAAAUGGGUCAUGGCCAGAUAAAACCAUGGAAAUCACAAUAAAGUAUUACAGAACUCA